AGGAGGCACGCUGUAUCUGUCUGUGACCGUGAACUGUAUACGAUUGAGCAUUUUAAACCAUAUCAUCGGCAAAAUGUCUAUGGUUUCGGAUUCCUUUGGAGACGAAUUAGUUUUCUUUGUAAACGGGAAGAAGAUUGUGGAGAGGAAUGCAGAGCCAGAGAUGAGUCUCUUGACGUACCUCAGAAGAACAUUGGGUCUUACAGGAACCAAACUUGGCUGUGCAGAAGGUGGCUGUGGGGCCUGUACUGUGAUGGUGUCCAAGUUUCACGUAUACCAGAACCGGAUUGUUCACCACUCUGUAAAUGCCUGUCUGGCUCCAAUCUGUUCCCUCCACUACUGUGCUGUCACCACCGUUGAGGGCAUCGGGAGUGUAGCCACUAAGCUGCACCCAGUUCAGGAGCGCAUUGCCAAGGCUCAUGGUUCGCAGUGUGGGUUCUGUACCCCAGGAAUCGUCAUGUCCAUGUACGCCCUCCUGAGGAACAGCCCAUACCCCUCCAUGCUGGACAUAGAGGAGGCUUUUCAAGGCAAUUUGUGUCGGUGCACUGGGUACAGACCAAUACUGGAGGGGUACAGGUCAUUUGCCAAAGAUGGCGGCUGCUGCUCAGGGAAACGAAAAACAAAUGGGUGCUGCAUGGAUAAGGAGGACAAGGAGGAGUACAUGAAUGGACAUUCCAUUUCACAGCUAUAUGACCCAUCAGAAUUCAUGCCUCUGGACCCAACACAAGAGCUCAUAUUCCCUCCAGAACUAAUGAAUUUAGAGCGGAAACCUCAGAGACAGCUGCGGUUCAAAGGGGAGCAGGUCCUAUGGAUUCAGCCCACUUCCCUCCCAGAACUCCUGGACCUCAAGGCACAAUAUCCUACAGCCAAGUUAGUGGUCGGUAACACAGAAGUUGGUAUUGAGAUGAAAUUUAAGAACCUUGUGUAUCCUGUGAUUCUGGCUCCAGGCUUAAUCCCUGAAUUGAACAAAGUCCAGCAUACUGAGAGUGGAAUUGUGUUUGGAGCUGCCUGCACUCUGACCCAGCUGGGGGAUGUGCUUCGUGACAGCAUGAGAGACCUCCCUUCUCACCAGACCGAAAUUUUCCAGGCAGUGCUGGAGCAGAUGCACUGGUUUGCUGGGCGGCAGAUCCGAAAUGUUGCUGCUAUAGGUGGAAACAUAAUGACUGCCAGUCCCAUUUCCGACCUCAACCCUGUGUUCAUGGCUGCUGGCUGCAAGCUCACACUACAGUCCAAAGGAGGCAAACGAAUCCUUCAGAUGGACGACAAAUUCUUUACGGGCUACAGAAGAACAGCUAUAAAAUCAGAUGAGAUUCUGCUCUCCAUAGAGAUCCCUUACACAAAGAAGGGCCAGUACUUCUCUGCUUUCAAACAGUCCCAACGUAGGGAGGAUGACAUUGCCAUAGUAACCUGUGGAAUGAAUGUUGUGUUUGAAGAGGACACUAACACUGUGAAAGACCUCCGGCUCAGCUACGGAGGAAUGGCACCAACUACUGUGAUGGCCAAGACCACCAGCAACCAGUUGAUUGGGAGGACAUGGAGUGAAGAGCUGAUGCAAGAAGCCUGUUCACUAUUGGCUGCGGAAAUGACCCUUGACCCUUCUGCCCCUGGUGGGUUAGUUACAUACAGGUGUAUACUGACGAUCAGCCUCUUCUUCAAAUUCUACCUCACUGUCCAGCACAAGCUUGCGAACAACCUCAAAACAGAGGGUAUUCUUGUUGAAGAUUUGAGGCCUGACUAUGCCAGUGCUGUCAAGCUCUUCCACAAAGAACUGCCUUCCAGUGUCCAGAUCUACCAGGUGGUGCCCCCAGGGCUGAUUGAGAACGAUGUUGUGGGACAUCCUGUAAUGCACCUGUCUGCAUUGAAGCAGGCCACAGGGGAGGCGGUCUACUGCGAUGACAUCCCGCACUAUGAAAAUGAGCUUUAUUUGGCUCUUGUCACCAGUACCAAAGCGCACGCCUAUAUCCAGUCUAUUGAUGAAACAGAGGCCUUGGCUCUUCCUGGAGUGGUCACCUUCCUCUGUGCCAAGGAUAUUCCCGGCAGCAACGUUACAGGACCUGCAGUCUAUGACGAGACUGUCUUUGCUGAUGAGAUGGUCACAUGCGUGGGUCACAUAGUGGGAGCCAUUGUUGCAGACACACAGAGCCAUGCUCAGAGGGCAGCCAAGGCUGUGAAGAUAUCCUAUAGGGAGCUGAAGCCCAUUGUCACAAUUCAGGAAGCAAUUUCCUGUAAAUCAUUUUACCAGCCUGUAAGAACCAUUGAGAGAGGGAAUCUUGUCCAAGGGUUUCAAGAGGCAGAUCACAUAUUGGAAGGAGAAAUACAUGUUGGAGGACAGGAGCACUUCUACUUGGAAACACACUGCACUUUGGCAGUUCCAAAGAGAGAGGAUGGGGAGAUGGAGCUGUUUGUAUCCACACAGUCCAUUGCUAAGACACAGCAACUGGUUGCCAAAGCUCUUGGAGUGCCAGCCAACAGGAUUGUCUGCAAAGUGAAGAGAAUGGGUGGUGGCUUUGGGGGCAAGGAGAGCAGGAGCACUAUUCUGUCAACAGUGGUCGCCCUGGCAGCACACAAAUUGAAAAAACCUGUUCGCUGUAUGCUGGACCGUGAUGAAGACAUGCUGGUCACAGGGGGGCGGCACCCAUUCUUUGGACAAUACAAGGUUGGUUUCAUGAAGAAUGGAAGGGUAACUGCUCUAGAUGUGACCUAUUACAGCAAUGCUGGAAACUCUGAGGAUCUCUCACUCUCUAUUAUGGAGAGAGCACUGUUUCACAUGGAUAACUCCUAUAACAUCCUUCACAUUCGGGGGACUGGUUAUAUCUGCAAGACAAACCUUCCCUCCAACACAGCAUUUCGAGGAUUUGGUGGCCCCCAAGGCAUGAUGGUGACAGAGACCUGGAUGAGUAAUGUGGCUCUGCGGUGUGGCCUUCCUGCCGAACAGGUGCGCAGGAUUAACAUGUACAAAGAAGGUGACACGACGCCCUUCAACCAAUGCCUGGAGCAGUUCACCAUUAACCGCUGCUGGGAUGAAUGCCUCAGCAUUUCGGACUACCAUCAACGCUUGGUGCAAAUUGAGCAGUUCAACAAACAGAACCGCUGGAAGAAGCGAGGAAUUAGCAUCAUCCCUACCAAAUUUGGGAUUGCCUUCACAGCUCUGUUCCUCAAUCAGGCAGGGGCUCUGGUCCAUGUGUACACUGAUGGCUCUGUUCUGCUCACUCAUGGUGGAACAGAGAUGGGACAGGGACUGCACACCAAAAUGGUCCAGGUGGCAAGUAAGACUCUUGGCAUCCCCAGCUCGAAGAUUUACAUCUCAGAGACUAGCACCAACACAGUGCCCAACACCAGUCCAACUGCAGCAUCCGCCUCCUCUGACCUUAAUGGAAUGGCUGUUUAUAAUGCCUGUCAGACUCUAAUUCAACGCCUGGAGCCUUACAGGACCAAGAACCCGAAAGGCAGCUGGGAAGACUGGGUGAGAGCUGCUUACUUUGACCGCGUGAAUUUAUCUGCAAAUGGUUUUUACAAAACUCCUGAUCUGGGGUAUAACUUUGUGACAAACCAAGGAAGACCAUUUAACUACUUCAGCUAUGGUUGUGCCUGCUCAGAGGUGGAAAUAGACUGUCUGACUGGAGACCACAUGAAUCUUCAUACAUCCAUUGUUAUGGAUGUUGGCAAGAGUCUCAAUCCAGCCAUUGACAUUGGACAGAUAGAGGGGGCAUUCAUGCAGGGUGUGGGCCUCUUCACCCUGGAGGAGCUGCGCUAUUCCCCCCAAGGGGUCCUGUUCACUCGGGGUCCUGGCAUGUACAAGAUCCCCGCUUUCGGUGACAUUCCAACUGAAUUCAAAGUGUCCCUGCUCAGGGAUGCUCCGAAUGACAAGGCCAUCUUCUCCUCAAAGGCUGUAGGCGAACCACCACUAUUUCUGGCAGCCUCUGUGUUUUAUGCCAUUAAAGAAGCCAUCGGAGCGGCCAGGGCAGAGUCUGGCCUCAGUGGUCCUUUCAGGCUGGACAGCCCCGCAUCACCAGAGAGGAUACGAAAUGCUUGCGAGGACAGCUUUACCAAACUGUGUCCCGCCGUGGAUCCUGGCACAUUCACACCCUGGGCUGUCCAGGUGUAAGGGAGAGCAGAAGGGGGAUUCCCUCCCUUCACAUCGUCAGACAAUCUGCUAUCUUCUAUGCAAUCAGCUACGUUCAGGAGUACUUGGCCCUUGAGCUGCUCAGUAUGGUCAUUUGCAUUUCUAUUAGAAUUUUUUCUAGUGAAACUGAUUCUGGAUUAAUUGCUGUAGCAUGACAGGUCAGCUGUCCCUAGUAUAGUAUAUAUGUAAGAGUGAAAUGGAAAGGCUUGUAUCUUUGUGCCUGUAUUUAUAUUUUUUGCCUGAAUGUGAGGUGCAGAGGCCUCUACUGGCAAAGGAACAGCUAUAAACACUACUAACAAGGUUGUAGGUACAGGUAUAGCUGAAGCUAGGCUACUACAUACACUGCAUUACUGUAUUCCACAGAGUUUUGACAAAGCAAGAUACAUCUGGGAUGUGGUAACAAAAGCAAGUUCAUUUUGUCUCACUGAAACAGGAAUUAUCUCAUCAUCAGUGACAUAAUUCCAUCCUUAUUUGUUAAGGUUAUGUUCCACCGAAAACACAUAUUUGGUCUUCCAGAUCAUCUCAGUGGUACAUACUUCAAUUAUCAUGAGGUAUGGACUUGAAAAAUACAUUCAGACAAAAUAUGUAAACUAGUGCAUUUGCAUACAUUAUUCAAGAUGGCGGAAAUUACAAAUUAGAAUUUUUGUAGCAGUCUAUAAUCUGGACCAAGUAAGAUAUCUUCAUAAUUAUUUUAGAUUCUAAAUCAGAUGUUUGAAGAUUGUUUUGAGCUAUUUUUUUAGCACCAGUACCCAAUCGCAAUGUUUCUAAAAUCUUUCUACAAAUUUAGAAUUUUGAAAAUGAUAAAAUUUCAGGAUCUAACAAUGAGAUUUGUGAUGCUGUACCCACCCCUGAAGCUUAUAACAAGAAAAUAAUUGCCUUAAAACACUUUCCUGGAUAUGGAGUAAAGUUUCAUGAUGAUAGGAUGACUAUGCACUGAGGAAAAUGGUCCUGUAAUUUCAUCUAAAAUCAGGUUUUGAGAAAAUCGACUCCAAAGAUAGAAAUGGUAAAUAAUUAUACUAAUUUCACCAUACACAUGGCGUAAUUGUGGUAUUUUCCUGAAAGUUUAAUUAUGCUUUUGACAAUUUGGAUUUUAGUAUUUCGUUAGAUAUACAUCUAGAGUAUGUAUUUGAAUGGCCUGGUCCAUCAGUGGUAAUGAUAAUAUCUUGAAAUGAAUUUUGCAAGAAUAAUUGUUCCCCUUCACUUGUGUGCUGUAUUUUCUUUGAGUUAUUUGUAAUGGCACAGCAAAUUUGUUAAGCCUAUAUGUUAUGAGAAUAUCAUUGAAACGGACUUCUGCAGUACACAAUAUCAACUUUUUUAGUAAAUGACUAUUACAAUGUAUUUUAUAUCCUGUACGAGUAGUACCAUCCACUGGUGUCUUGGUACUGCCUGCAUGCCAUGAAUGUCAUCUGAUCACAUUUAUAUUUUCCUCACAACUAUUAAAUACACUCAGGUAUUGCUUUAUUAGGUAUUUAUUAGACUUUUUUUCAGUUUGAACCAGUCUGACCAUUCUCCUUUGUCUAACCCCUGUCAUUAAAAAGGCAUUUUCACCCACAAACUGCCACUCACUGGACAUUUUUGUUCUUCUCUAAACUGGAAAAUCACCUGAAAAUCUCAGAUCACCACCAGCUUUUGAGAUACUCAAUUCACCCCUAACACCAACAAUAAUUUAACAGUUAAAAGUCUCUUAGAUCACAUUUCUUCCCCAAUCUCAUGUUUGAUCUGAACAGAAAAUUAAUCUCUUGACCAUGACUACAUAUUUUUAUCCAUUGAGUUGAUGCCACAUCAUUAUACAUUAUAUAUUUGCAUUAACAAGCUGUUGUGCAGGUCUACCUAAUAAAGUGAUCACUGAGUGUAUAUUACACAGUUUAUUACCAUGUCUCUCAGGUUCUGUGAUUUUAUGUGUAAUCAUCACCAAUGCAUAUUCGCUCAAGAUUUUGGACAUAUGUACUUUUGCAUCUUGGAAUAAACUUACAUGUAUCUCAACAA